CUCCAUGGCGACGGCGCGGGCGGGCGGGGGCGUCCGGCUCCUGGCCCGGGGGGCGUCGGGGGCGUCGGGGGCUUGCUGGCUGAGCGUCGGCGGCCGGCGGGGGACCAGCCCGGGCCGGAGGAGGCUGCGGGGCCCGGAGCGGAGGCUGAGCCCGGGCCGGAGGCCGAGCCCGGGCCGGACGCUGAGCACGGGGCGCGGGAGUCCGGCCGUGCCCGCCCAGGCCCGGCGCGGGGGGCCGGAGGAUGGAGGGGGCCCCCGACCCCCCGCGCCCCGCUCGCUGGUGCAGAGGGACAUCCAGGCCUUCCUCAGCGAGUGCGGGGGCGGCCCGGGCGAGGCCCGGCACUGGCUCACGCAGUUCCAGACGGCCCGCCUCGCCGACGACCGACCCUUCGCCAUCAUCGAGGUGGAUGAGGGGGUGUUCCAGUGCCCAGGCGGUGGGCAGCGUGGCCUUCCUUUGGCCUUCCUGCAGCGGUAUGGACAUGAAGCACUGGUGGUGAUGGGGCUGCCCACGCGCACGGCGCUGUCGGACACUCUCUCCUUCUGGGAGACCAAGGCCCUGAUGGCUCAGAGCUGCAAGACGCUCAUGGACGCCCUGCGCCUCAACUCCGCCACCGCCGUGCCCUUCUUCGGGGGUGGUUCCGUGCUGGGCGCGGCCGAGUCCCAAGCCAACCCCAGCCUGGGCGGCGUGGGUCGGUGGGAGACGGACCUGCUACAGUGGUGCCUGGAGUCGGGCAACAUCCCCAUCCUCUGCCCAUCGGGGAGCGGCGGCCCGCGCGCCGUGCUGCUCGACUCGCUCGAGGUCACGGCCGCCCUGGCCAAGGUCCUGCUGCCCACCAAGAUCAUUCUCAACACCACCGGAGGCCUCCGCGACGCCAACCGAAAGGUGCUGAGCAUCGUCAACCUGCCCGCCGACCUGGACCUGGUGGCCAACGCCGCAGUGCUGGACAAGGAGCGGCAGCAGACGCGGGUCAUCGUGGACCUGCUGAGCCGCCGUCCUCCGAGUCCUCCGCCGUCAUCACCCGCCGCCGGCGCCCUCCUCACCGAGCUCUUUCAGCAACAAGGGUCAGGACAAGGGUCCGGGACGCUGUUCAAGAACGCAGAGCGGAUGCUGCGGGUGGAGAGGCUGGAGGAUCUGGACCAGGAGCGGCUGAUCGAGCUGGUCAACACCAGCUUCGGGAAGAGGCUCAAGGAUGACUACCCCGCCGCCCUGCGGCCCCGCCUCCGCUCCGUCUACCUCUCCGAGGGGUACAACGCGGCGGCCAUCAUCACCACGGAGCCGGUGCUGGGGGGGACGCCCUAUCUGGACAAGUUCGUGGUCAGCUCCAGCCGCCAGGGCCAAGGGUCCGGCCAGAUGUUGUGGGAGUGCAUCCGCCAGGACCUGGAGCGUCUCUUCUGGAGGUCAAGGGUCACCAACCCCAUCAACCCCUGGUACUUCAAGCACAGCGACGGCAGCUUCUCCAACAAGCAGUGGAUAUUUUUCUGGUUCGGCCUCUCCGACCUGCGGGACUCGUACGAGCUGGUCAACCACGCCAAGGGGCUGCCCGACUCCUUCUGCAAGCCCCCAUCCGACCUGGACAGCUGACGGCGCCCCCAGCGCGCGCCGCCCCGCUCCGAGUGCCUGCUGCCCUGUGGGAGGCCUCGCUCCCCCUUACCAUCCCCUCUGCCUACGCCCGCCUUGGCGUCGAGAGAGGGAAUCCAGAGAGGCUUAGACUGUGGGCAGGGAAAAUUGAAACUCCUGGGGGAGAGGAGGGGAAGGGGAGGCAAAAGAAUGGGCGAGAGAUGAUCUCACAGCUAAAAGAGCAGCACGAGAUGUCCUCACUCCCCUUCUUCAGAGGUAGGACCCCUUUAUCUCUCCGGCCUACGUUCCGAGGCGGGAACCGGCCCACAUCCAGGCCCCGAAAGCUGUCGGUCCACCCGGCCCAGGGACCCGGGCAGCCGGGUUAGGGGACGGGUCACGGAGCCCCGCAGGGUUGGGGGAAGAAGGGUCUCGGAGCCUGGUGUGGGACAGGGCAGAGAGGAGGCCACCAGAGCCGGGUGGAGGGCCCGAGAACCCUUCAUCCCGGAGGAAACGUCAAAUUCUUCCACCUCAGCACCGGCCCACAGCCGGAGGGAUUGGGGUUGGGCCGGGAGGGCUGCCCUUCCCGCCAGACGGGGGGUGGAGGGUCUGGCCCGGGGUCCAAGGCAGCCUGGGAGGAUCGGGAUGACUCCCAGAGAGACAUGAGGUAGAGGAGGGAGCCUUGCCUCGAGGCAGGGGAAGAGAUGUGAUGACCUCUGGAGCCCGGGGAGGCUCCCCGGGGCAACCGCUCCCCCCUGGAGCGAGAACAGAGAUCCAGGCCGUGUGUCCGUACAUAAAGUGUUUAUUUUUGGAA